AAACAAAGGCCAAAGGCGGUGACUGUGCGGUCAUUGAAUCAUUCAUGCCGCAAUACGCCGAGAUGCCGCUGCGCUGCUUCUUCGUCAUGCGGCGUGUGGAGGAAAUUAUUUGGCCUUCGAUGAGUGAUGGCUUCGCGAUCGGUGGGCUUCCUUCCCCGCCGGAUUGCAAAAAAAGCAAUUACGAUAGCAGCGACACUUUUCCGUUCUUAUGCUUCUUUGCCACGGCGGCGCGGAACAACUUCCGGUAGCGACGACACCGUUUCAUUUAUUAGCGCGCCAAAUACGGAUGCCGGCGAGGAGGGCUUGUUUCUGAAUCGAUGAUGAGGCCAUGCGGAGAAAGGAGGAGGCGGGGGCGAUGGCGCAGAAGAAAAGAGUUCAAAGAUGCGCCCGCUCCUGGAGUUCCGAGCGCUCCACUCCUGCAGCCAUCCGCGAACGCGAUGACAGACACUCCGGACAGAAAAAAGAAAAAAAAAGAAAACGGGGAAAGAAAUAAAAUGAAAUACGAAGCUUAAGGAAGAAGCGCAUAUGGUUGAGAAGGGUUCUGCGCGCGCUCCCUCUUUCUCGCCGCGCGUAUACGCGCGGCCGAUGGAGGAACCGCAUUCCCGAGUUUGUCGAACCGGGCAUCAAAAUAGGGCCGACCCAGUUCUGGCGGCGGCGCAGGGCUGGGCUGGGCUGAACGGUGCUCGAAGGCAGCAGCCGACGCCGAAAGGACAGUCGCCGACGAACGCGCUCUCCGCACCCUCCGACGACCUGGUCGGCGGCGACCCGUGCGCCUUUCUUGGCGCUUUUACGAUCUCUUCUUUGCGCAGCACACGCGCGAGAGAGCGACGCCGGACCCCUCGCGGCGCGUACACGACGCGCGUUUGUAGGCCACGCCGGAGGAGAAGCGCGCGCGCGCGCCGGACAAACACGUCUUCUUUUUUUUCCAGACACCGACUUACGCGCGGAGGCCGCUAAGCUCGUUCUCGGCAAGACCACCGCGGAGACCUCCGGCAGCUGCAGCCUCCGCGUGCACGUGAUACACUGCUGCCAUGGCUAAGUUUGCCAACCUACUCAAGUUCUGCCUAGUAGCUGCCACUGUGAUUGUUGGAUCUUGGGCGGAAGAUUCCCGCAAAGAAGACAAACAUUCCCACAAGUACAACAUUCGCCUUUCCAACGGGACCAGCUUUGAGAUUACCACACAUGGUUUCGAAGAGUUUUCAAAGUGCCUACAGCGUCAAGCAACAAAGGGGAACAACUCCGUAGAUAUUAUCAAGUUUAACAAGUGCGCUCGGGACCUCUACGACCGUGUCCAGUCAAAUAUCACAGAUCACCUACGCAUCAGGGACGUCGGUGAACUGGGGCCUGCGUUGCGAAACCUGUCUUCCCUUCACCGGCUCAACGGCAACAUCGUAAAGAACCUGGAAGCAUUGCAGAACAGCUUCCAGAGGCUGUCCCUGCCACCAUCCGCUGGCGCACCAGGCAUCGAACCGUUGCAGCGAACACUGCAGUCAGCGAGCGAAGCCUUUCGCAACAUGUCAAAGUCUGUGACCUCAGGCGCCGCCCUUCAGACGGUGGUGCACAACUUCAACCGCACGCUGCACACAUUCAACAGCAUCGCAACGGCAGGCGUGAAUGCCAUGACACCCACGGCCAAUCAGCUCAUGCACCGCUUCCAGGAAGACUUGAAGAACAUCCAGAACGUGACCCGGUCUUUGCCCAGGACAGAUGUAGCGCGGCUCACGGAGCAGACGAGGGGCAACCUGACCCUGCUGGUGCGCAACCUGACCGGAGCUCUGCCCGUGCUCAUGCGAAGGGUCGCCACGCAGGGAGCCGAGAGCACGCGGCCACUGAGGGAGUUUGUGACCGUGCUCUCGCACAAUCUCAGGAACGCCUCGGUCGCGCUCUCAAGUAGCGGCCACGCUAGCGGCAACUCGACUGGCAACGCGCUUCCGUCGGCGGGGCAUGACCUGCUGCAGGCGUACGACGGUUUCCAGUUGGCAGUGAACAACGGAAUGCUCGCGAUGUCUGAUUUGGUGCGCGGAUCGCUGAAACUCGUGAACCCGGCCAACUGGCACGUUGGCCGGGUCGUGCACGGCGCCGGAGAAGGACAAACGCCACAAGCUGGCAUCAACAAGUUCAUCGGGCAGCUCUUUAGGAGGAGAGGUUAAGCGUGUAGGAGUAGUUGCACACGUGUACAUGAGUUUUUCACAAACCGUUGGCGGGGACCACGAAUAGCGAGGUCGAAACCAGCUGCCAUCUCCGGCCUCAUCAAGCUCAUUGGUCAGCUUUUCUAAACAGAAGCCGAGUGUGUGUUCACAAAGGUAUCCAUGUAGCCAUUUCAUCGGAAAGACAGUCGAAUACGGAUCGCUAUACAGGGAAAUGUAAAACUUCAACAGUUCGAGCAUCCAAGAACUGCUGUUUUCUAGAGCUUGUGUGAAUGACUUCUUUGUGGUGCUUUUAUGAUGGGGCAUACAGUGCUAAUUCAAGCAGCUUUUAGGGCGGAGACGCAAUACGUUGGACUCGCUUGACGGCACACUUUUCGCAGUUUUGAUAUCCUAAUACGCAAUUAUAUAAGCGAUGGACUGGAAGGAUAAAGUUAAACUCAUGGGCAUGGAAGAAAGCCAGACUUAUUUUUCGACCAUCGUAACUUGUCUGCAGGUUGUGACAAGACUAUUGAACAUGUAUUAACAGGUGAGAAAGCCAUAAUAUCGGACAAUUAUUUGAAGGAAGCGCACUUGUUACCACAGAUAACAUAACUAUAUGGGUUGCAUUUAUUUCGUCGUAUGCAAUCACUUAAUUCCCAUCGUUAAAACGUAUUGCCUUCGCGAAAACUCUGUCUAAUUUUGAGAUUCAAGGACCCGAAAAAAUAAUUAUAUAAAAACGUGUUUGCACUUCUUA